UUGAAUAUCGGCUGCAGUAGGUACAACACGUUUCGAACGCUUGAAGAACAAGCUACACAAUUAAAUGUAAUUGUUUAUUUUAAUUUUUAAGCACACACUUUUUAAAAUAAAAUCUAAGUGAUAAGAUACAUAUACAUAAAUCUAGUACGUUUACAAUAUUUUUCAAUUUACAAGACACGAUCUGCAAGUAAACUUACAAAUAUAGAUACCAUGUUUGUGGGUAAACGUUCAAAAAAACGGUUCUGGAACAAUUUAUUUACCAAUCGACUAUGGCUGGCUAUAGUGAUCAUGAUGUCGAUGACGGCCGGCAGUGGCGCGAUGGCAGCGGUCGAAUCGCCGUCGACGAUCGCACCCGAGCAAACCACCGCCAUCACGGCCAGGCCUAACGUCACGGUGGACUGCGUGGCGCGCAACACGUGCGUCGAUUGCGCGGCCGCGGCGCCCGCGUGCAGUUGGUCGCUGGUGCGACAGUCGUGCAACACCACCGCGGCGACGGAAAAACAACUGAUCGAAGACCCGGGCGACGACGGCCACCACCACCCGCCGACACAGCCGGUGCGCGACGCUGGAUCGUGUCCGCGGUUCAAGGUCAACUACCAGAAACAGACCACCCUGGACACGACCAACCGCACGGUGAACGUGAAGGUGUCCAACGACCCGACCGGCACGUUCCGGACGCUGCUCGAACGGGGCGAGGUGUUGUGCCAUCUGAACGAGAUGAAGUACCCCGGCCAGGUGGAGAGCGGCGGGCGGCAGAUCACGUGCGAGUCCGAUUACUCCGAGUCGGUCAACUCGUCGCUGUCGUCGUCGAUGGUUUACUUCGCGGUAUCCGUCAACGGCGUCGCGCUGGCGUUCGACGACAAACGCGAACAUUACUUGGACUUCACGGUGCCCCGGAACGCGUGCGUCACCGACAACCAGCUGGGGCCCAGCGACGAGUGCAAGGUGUGCCUCUGGGACGACGACGUGUACCGGUACUACUGCCAGUGGUGUCCAAAGAGCAACCCGUGCACCGGGUCGUACCAACAGUGCGACGUCCGCCGGCUAGCCGAUCCCGGUCGCGUGACACCCGUGAAAGACGUGCUGGUCCGGUGUCCCGAGGUCCGGAUCGAGUCCAUCGAACCGCUGUACGGGUCGUGGGCCGGCGGCACGACCAUACGGAUCGCCAUCGGCAACCACCGGACGCUGUCCGAGAACAAGGUGACCGUGAUCAAGGUGGCCGACAGCCGGUGCCUGCUACCCACCGUGUCCAUGGACGGCAAGACGGUCACGUGCACCAUACCGCCGACCAACUCGAGCACGUUGAACCAGGGCCCGGUGGAGGUGACGUACAGGUCGGAGGUGAACAAGUUGCUGCCGUCGUUCACGCUCAGGUCCAACCAGAGUUUCUACUUCGUCGAGCCGGUCAUAACGAACGUGUGGCCGUCGUGCGGUCCCGUCACCGGCGGCACCCGGGUGACGAUCCGCGGCCGGUUCUUGGACGCCGGCAACACCGUUCGGGUGUACAUGCGGGACAACAUCACGUGCGCGGUGCAGGCGCACAGCCAGAACGAGGUGACCUGCCUGACGGGCGCCAGCGACGGCCCGUCGUCCAGCGCGAUCCGCAUCGAGUUCGACCACUACCUGAGCAAGUACGUGUACGAGCCGCCGUUCGUGUACACGUCCACGCCCACCAUGGACGUCGGCCAGUCGUUCCGGGGCAUAUCGUCGGGCGGCACGCAGCUGUCGGUGCACGGCCAGAACUUGGUGUGCAUCCGCAAUGCGCUGGUGCACGUGUUGUACAACGGCAUACAGUACACGGGCGGGUGCGAUGUGAAGAACAACACGUACAUGGAGUGCACGGCCCCGACCAUUAACCGGCCGGCGCCGCAUCAGGUGACCGCGCUGCAGUUCGGGUUCCAAGCCGACUACAACGACACCAUCGUCAAGAUAUUGUUGCCCACCGGUACGCCCGACUACACGCUGUACCCGGAUCCGGUGUUCACUGACUUCGAGACCAACGGACGAACCGUUACCGUUUACGGUAUUAACAUCGACCAGGGUUACGACCACGACGCCGACCUGUCGGUGCUGUUCCACAGGACCGGCGUGCCUUGUAACGUCACGUCCGUGCAACCGGACCGCAUCGUGUGCCGGCCGCCCAAACGGCUGUCGUUCAACGACCACGGCGGUCGUUCGGACGAGGGUCAGGCGGACGACUACAGCGAAGACGACGACGACGACGAGUUGCCGGCGGCCCUGGUCAACGACGAAAUCAUCGUCACCGUCGGCAACCUGGUGUACGAGGUCAAGAGGAAGCCGCAGACGAUCCGGCGCAACUUCCCGGUCCGGAUCAAUACCAUCAUCUUCGGCGGCAUCGCGUUGGUGUCGCUGAUCAUCACCAUCGUGGCGGCCAUUGUGUACUGCAUGAAGAUCGCAAUGACUAUUUCCAACCAGCAGACGGAAAUGCGGUCGCUCUGCGAGCACCUCAACAGCACCGAAAUUGGAAUCAGGACCGGAACUGAAACCGGUAACACCUGCAGAGACGACGUCGAGUCUGCCACGGCACCGGUCUGCAAUGAACGAUCAUAGGAUAAUGAUAAAUAUUAUUUAUUAAUAUAUCAUCAUCGUGCACGAAAAUCGUCUAGAAUGCACGAUAAGAUGACUGAGAUGAGUCCCUUAUUCCCGCGACUCGUGUAUAUAUAUAAAUAUAGGUAAUAAGCAUAUCGUGUACAAGGUGAUUUUCUAAUCGAACAAUACUCUUUAUUUCAAAACAUUUUAACGUUUUUGCAAAUAUUUUUCUAAUAUAAUUUACAUUCGAAAUAAAAGAAAUGUUAAUAGUUUUUUUAAAUAAUUAUUCAUAAGUAUGAUAAAAGAAUCACCUGGUAUAUAAUUAAUAUAGGAUUAGUAAAUCUUCGCAUGAUCUACGACAGUCAUCCAUAACAAAAUAUAAAAUAUUUAUAUCAAUAAUCAUUUAUCUCUGUAAUUUUUCAUCUAUAAAUAUCAUGAUUAUGUGAGUAGGCGUGUAGAACAAUAUAAUUGUUACCUACGUAAACUGUAAUUAGCAAGGAUCGCCGCCGUAUAGACAUAAUAUACAACGAUAUAUUUAGUAUAAUAAUAUGUUCUACAUAAUAAUAUUAUUACUACGAUAGAUUCUCAUACGUGUGUAAAAAGUAAAAUAAUAUUUUUAGUGACAUAAUAAUGUAAUGCAAUACCUAAUAUUUUGGGUUAACUGCGGAGUUUAUAUAAUUAUGUAGUGAUUAAUCUGUAGAGCGUUGUACAUAUAGAUAUUAUAAUUAUAUUUUAAUUUUAAUUUUGAAUAAUUGUUAUUGUUGAUAUAUAAAUUAAACAAUGUUGGUAUGA